AUGGGCUCCAGUACCGCCUCCUCAUGCUGCUGCCAGGCCUGUAAUCUGCCAUGGGCCCCUGUACCGCCUCCUCAUGCUGCUGCCAGGCCCGUAAUCUGCCAUGGGCCCCUGUACCGCCUCCUAAUGCUGCUGCCAGGUCCAGAGUGUGUCAUGGGUCCCUGUACGGCCUCCCAUUGCUGCUGUCUCCAUCGCCACACUCUGCCAUGUGCCACUUUCAGGUCUCCUCACACUGCUGGUGGGUUCCAUUUUUGUCAUAGGGUGCUGUAUGGCCUCCCAUUGCUGCUGCCUCCACCGCCACACUGUGGCUCCACACUCUGGUUUUGGCCCCGUGACUGCCCAAAUGAGUGAAGUGUGCAGUGAUUCUAAGAUCGACGGCACUCAUCUGCAUGUCAUACUGACUGACAGUAUUAUUUCUCUUCCCCAGCAGACUCCAAGGGCAUUUAAAUUAAAGGUACAGUGUUCUGCACUAAUAUAA